GCCAAAUAUCCUGACACCGUGACCCUUCCAGAAGGCCUGCUGGGAGAUUAUAUACUGCUGAGGAACCCCAAAGCUUCUGGGUUUGAAUUAAUGAUCGUUUGGAAGAUACACAUUGAUGAGGAAGGGAGAACUACACCUGUUCUGGACCUUCUGACUAAAGUACCGGAGCAAGUCCUGGAGCAGAACGUGGCAACUAUGGAGAAUGCACCCACCCGCUUCCGGAGCAUGCUGCUUCUGUUUGGGAUAGAGGCAGCCAUCGAGAACCUGGUCAAAGUAUUUGGCUCGGAAAGAUGAAUACCAGCCUUAUUUACAAUAGGUAGCAAUUUCAAAAGUAGUUUUAAUUAA